GCUGUGUCGGCUGAUUUCCUCAAGAUGGCUCACGUGGUCAGAUCGUCAAGUGAUGUUCGCCUCGUGUGUUUAGCGUAAAUAACUGUUUUUUUUUAUUAGAAAUACUGUACCUCGCCGUGACAGAAUGGCCACGCAACGUGCGUUACCGCAAAAUAAAGAGGCUCUAUUGAAGACGUACACAACACGAUUGAAGGAUGACGUUAAGUCGAUGCUCGAGAAUUUCGAAGAGAUAAUAAAACUCGCGAAAGGUGAAAAUGAUUCGCAUCUGUCACGAAUGACACAGUGUGAGCAAGAUACGUACGAAAUGCAUGUGAGAGCGGCUAACAUGGUGCGUGCUGGCGAGUCGUUGAUGAAACUAGUCUCAGAUAUCAAGCAGUAUUUAAUUCUAAAUGACUUCCCGUCAGUAAACGACGCGAUAGGUGCGAAUAGCACUUUAUUUAGGAGUAAGCAAGCCGAAUGCGACUCCAAGUUGGCUUCUUUGAGAGACGACAUGGCUGCGGAUCUAUAUGACUUGGAAGAGGAAUAUUACACCUCGAUAUAUAAAUAACAGUAUAUGCGUGUGUGCAUAUACAUAUAUAAGAUCGGAAUGUCCCAAUAUAUGCAAAGCAUAAACUGGACCAUGGCUCAGCAAAAUGUGAUUUACCUGUUUGUCGAUCUGUACAUUUGUAUUUAUUCGAGUAAAUAGAAUUAAUUUUGAUAA